GUAUAAUAUAAUUAUCAAGAAUAUAACUCCGUCUCCUUCUUGAUUUUAUCUAGUUCGGCUCCGUCUCGUUCUUGAUUUUAUCUAGUUCGGUCCGGUUCACCAUACAUACACGACAAAGAAAGAACUGGUAUGGAACUAUUUUUGGGCAGUACAAAACUUUUGAAAUAUUUCACACAACUCGGUCACCAUUAACAUACUUUCACAGGUCAUGGAGACUAACAACAAAUCCCUCCACAUUUGCCUCACUCAUUCUCACCAACUUCAUUAUUUGAUCCAUUCAACCUCCUCACCACCUCCAUCAUGGAAGAACCACCACUACCUUCCCCUCCUCUUCCUCCUCCGCCCUACAAAACCUAUCAAGUCACAGCUUCUUCUAUCUCCUAUACAAAAUCCGCCUCCACAACUCUACCUACCUGUGUCUUUAAACCAUGCAUUUCAACACCACCAGACUACAUCUUGAAAGACAUCUCCCUCACUGCAUAUCCAUCACAAAUCCUAGCCAUUGUUGGCCCGAGUGGUGCUGGAAAAUCCACCCUCCUCGACAUUUUAGCCGCCCGAACCUCGCCCACACAUGGCACUCUGCUCCUCAAUUCUUCCCCUCUGAACUCUUCUUCAUUCCGUAAGCUAUCGGCUUACGUCCCUCAAUAUGAUUACUGCCUGCCUUUACUCACUGUUGCAGAAACUUUCGCCUUUUCUGCUUGUUUACUCAACCCGAAAAGUUCUGAUAUUUCCACCAUUGUUGCAUCUCUUCUUGAUGAACUCGGGCUUACACACUUAGCAGAGACUCGACUUGCUCAUGGGCUAUCGGGUGGCGAAAGACGUCGAGUUUCAAUUGGGCUCAGUCUCCUGCACGAUCCGGCAGUGCUACUUCUUGAUGAGCCAACUUCUGGUCUUGAUAGUGGUUCGGCUUUGAACGUGAUGCAAACGCUCCGAUCAAUCACUGAUUCGCGCCAUCGGACUGUAGUUUUGUCCAUUCAUCAACCGAGUUUCAAAAUUCUCUCCACCAUUGAUCAAAUUCUCUUGCUGGCAAAAGGGACAGUGGUGCAUCAUGGUACACUAUCUUCCCUUCAAGAAUUCUUACUCUCCAGUGGCUUCACAGUUCCUCUACAGCUCAAUGCACUAGAAUAUGCCAUGGAAAUACUAAAUCAGCUUCAGCGAACUGAGCCCACUAUUAUCCCACAAUCCCUACCUCCAUUACCUGAAAAUCCCACCUCUGAAACCAGGAGGAAAGACACAAUCAGGUAUAGAAGCUCAAGACUCCAUGAAAUACUCUAUCUAUCCAACAGAUUCUGGAAAAUCAUCUACAGAACGAGGCAACUGCUUUUCACAAACACCUUACAGGCACUGGGAGUUGGCCUUGUUUUAGGCACAAUUUACAUCAAUAUUGGAUUCGAUAAAUCGGGAAUUGAGAAGAGAUUUGGCCUCUUUGCUUUCACUCUGACGUUUCUUCUCUCCUCCACAACUGAAACCUUGCCAAUUUUCAUCAAUGAAAGACCAAUUCUAUUGAGAGAAACUUCAAGUGGGGUUUACAGAUUAUCAUCAUAUCUUAUAGCAAAUACAAUGGUAUUCUUACCCUACUUGCUCGCAAUCGCAAUUGUUUACUCAGUUUCAGUCUAUUUCUUGGUGGGACUUUGCCCAACAAUUCAAGCAUUUACAUACUUUGUUUUGGUAAUCUGGGUCAUAAUCUUAAUGGCUAACUCAUUUGUUCUUUUCUUGAGCUCCAUUGCCCCGAAUUACAUCGCCGGAACUUCAUUAGUAACGGCGCUUCUCGCCGGAUUCUUCCUCUUCUCGGGCUACUUCAUUUCAAAAGAAAGCUUACCCAAAUUCUGGCUGUUCAUGCACUACCUUUCCAUGUACAAAUACGCUCUUGAUGCGUUCUUGAUCAAUGAGUAUUCUUGCCUGUUGACAAGGUGUUUGAUAUGGUUCGAUGAGAAGAAUAGAACGUGCAUGGUGACUGGAGGUGAUGUGUUGGAAAAAAGGGGACUCCAUGAAACGCAAAGAUGGAUUAACAUCUAUAUUUUGAUUGGAUUCUUCGUGCUCUAUCGGGUUCUCUGGUUGAUUGUUUUGGUCCGAAGGGUUUCCAGGUCGAAGAAGUGAGUCGUAGUUGGAGUUGGAAGCUGUCCCACAAUCCAGUCGAAGGCGGUGGGCCCUAAAAUGAAUCUACACAAGAAGAGAAAAGCUCGAUUCUUGCACUUGUUGCUGUUUGAACAGGGCCGCACGGCUCUACCUUUAAGACGGGAACUAACGUUUUAAAGUUAAAAUAAAAACAAAAUCAUCUUUUUCAUGCUACUAUGAAUUCGUCGAGUCGAGCUGGUAAUUAGUUUGUGUAUGCUUUAUCGCAAUAUUACUGGAAUAAUAUGCUUUACUCUAAUUCAUUUGCUCAUUAAUUCAAA